UAACAACCACAAGUUAAAUUGAUCGAUAGUAAAUCGAAAAUGUUAUGAUAGAGAAAUGCAAGUUUUAAUUCAUAUUAAAUUAAACGGAAUCUAUUGAAAAAAAUAUGAUUAAUUAAAUAUUGAUAAUAAUCUUACUAGAGACAUAAAAAUUUUAAUGUUCUUAAUAUUAAAUUUGCUAUAAAAAUAUAAAAACCUAUAGAAAUAUAGAAAUAAUCGAUUAAUAAAGAAUUAAAUACCUUUUAUAGUAAAAACAGUUCGAAAUUUUUGUACGUAGUCAUAUUAUUGGUUAAAUUAUCUUAUUCGACAGUUAGUGUCACAUUACAGGAUUGUAAACAAAAAUUCAGUUAAUGUUCUUCAGUCGACAGAGAUAUAUGUGAGAUUUAUGUGUAUUCUAUUGGUUAUUGAAUUGUGAAUAGUGUAUGAAAUAUUUUAAGAAAAUUUAUUCAUUAAUAAUAAUCGAUAAUGAUUUAUUUGUUAUUUAUUUUAUAAAUCAAAAUAAUUUUCAUUAUUUAUACUUGUACUAAAUAUCUUUAUAAACAAGGAAAUUAAUUUUUGUCUAUUUUAAAUAUUUUGAUCCAAAUUAUAUAUAAUGCAGGAUUAAAUAUUAAAUAUAAUUAAUAAUAAUAAAAAAUACUAAUUAAGAAAUAUUAAUAAACAUUAUUACAUUGAAUUAUUGAAAUGACAAGAAAAUUGAAUGUGUUGCUAGUAUUAAAAAAACUACAAUUUCUUGAAGAUGUUGAAAAAUUAAUAAAAGAAGGGAAAAAUUAUUUAUUUCGAAUGAAUAAGUUGUCUGAUAGUUUAAGAAUAGAUUCGUAUCAGUAUAAGAAAAUCUUAUACUUUAUGGAUCGUUACUCACGUUGUAAAACACAAUUAAAAGAGAAUAUAGAGGAAUUAAAAGAUAUAUUCGAUAAUAGCAAUAUCGAUGGCAUCAUAAAUGAAGAAGAGAUAGAUGAAGAGAAUGAAAUAGAAUAUAUAGAGAACGAAGAUUUUCUUCUCGAAGAACAAUUUUAUCAUUUUCGUAAUAUAAUGUAUCUAAAGAAUAUGCUCGCAAAUAUGGAAAUGUUAAUUUCACGAAUGUUAAAUAUAAAUGGAUCCCUUGUAAAUCUUCAGUUAUCAAAAUAUGCAAGAUUGAAGAUUGCAUUAAAAAAUUAUUCCGUAAAAGUAUAUGAAUUUUUGAAAAACAAUAAAAUACUCGUAGAAUCUAAAAAUAAUUUUGAGAAAAAACAAUUCACAAAAAGUAUUCAGGAUAAAUUUAUACAACUACAAAAACUUAUAAUUCAGAUUGCCAAGAAAGAAAUAUUCUUUACGGAUGUUAUGAUGCGCAAUUGCAUGAUAUCUCUAAACGAAGAAAAUGAAGAAAAUUUAUUAAAAUUUAUAUCAUAUGAUGUCAUUAUGAAAUAUAAUUAAUUUAUUUUUUUAUGUUUAAAUUAUAUAUAAUAUAAAAAAAAUUAAAUUAAAAACAUAAAUAAUUCUAUUAUUAUUUAUUAAAUUUAUUUUAUACCUUAUCUAUUAAUAAUUUUCAAUUAUCAAUAUGUGAUCAAUUUGUCUCUUGUAAAAAAUCCAAUUUGUGUUGUACAUUAUAUAAAGGAACAUUGAAGCACCAUCUAGCGGAGAAUAGAAAGAACUAUGAUUCUUCUAUGAGAUAAAAGAAUUUUUCGAUUUUAAACUGAAUUUAAAAGUUUAAAAAUUUUAUUUAAAAAUGUUAAAUCAUUUAAUAAUUAUAAUUUAAAUUUUGAAAAUUAUAUUUUAUAAAUUAUAAAUUUACGGACAAAAAAGGAUAAAUAUUUAAUUUAAAUAAUUAACUUUUAAAUCGAAAUUAUCGAUUAUAUCGUUCCAUACAAUCAAUAUAAAAUUUUAUAUUCUGUACGUUUUUUUACCAUUUAUUUAAAAUAAAAUUCAAUUGAUUUUUAGAUAUUGUAUCUACAUUGUUACAAUUAUUACUUUUGAAUGUACAAGAUUUUAAAACAUAUGAAUGAUAACUUUCUAUUAAACAUAUUUCUUCAUAUAAAUCUUCUGUAGACAUUUCCACGAUAAGUGCACAUUCGUUUAACAACCAACGAAAAGUUCGUGGUAAAACUUUU